AUGCAGGUUUGCCAAGAUGGCGGCCAUGGGCUGAAGCAGACAGAGUUUCGUGGAAGCUACUACUCUUCUGAUGAACACCACGGGCUUUGGCGGCAGAAAGACAGCUUUCCCUGGGACAAGCCCAUUAAGCUAGGGAGCCUGUCACUCCCCGGGGGGACGGUGGGGAGUGUGCAGAGAGGAGCAACACUGACCCACCGGAUUUUGCGGCGGGGGGGGGCCAAGUGGCAGCGUGUGGACGGCGCAGAGCCCAGCAUCCGGCACAGAGAACGCGCUCGGAAACUGCCCGUGGGCCCUAAGGCUGUCGUCAAACUGGCCUUAAACAAAGCAGCUUCCCUCCCCUCCAUGCACGGAUCUACCGAACCGGGUGCGAUCGGCCCUGCCCACCUGCCACCGGUUGGCGACUUCCCAGGACUAAACCAAGACCGAGUCUUUGAAAUUCCUUUCCCGGAGGAAAGUCAUCCAGGUUCCUCAUUCCGGUCCAACUCAGGGAGACCCCAGCUGGUCCCUCCUCAGAACGUGACGCUGGUCUCCCAGAACUUCAGUGUGUACCUGACGUGGCUCCCGGGGCCUGGCAACCCCCAGAACGUGACCUAUUUUGUGGCCUAUAAAAGCUCUCCUGUCUCCUCCCUCAGCUUUUCCACCCCCAGAUGGCGAAGAGUGGAGAAGUGUACAGGAACCAAGGAGCUGGUGUGUUCCCUGAUGUGCCUGAAGAAACAGGACCUAUACAACAAGUUCAAGGGGCGUGUGCGAGCGACUUCUCCCAGUGCCUGGUCCCCCUGGGUGGAAUCCAAGUACCUGGAUUACCUUUUUGAAGUGGAGCCAGCCCCACCCGUCCUGGUGCUCACCCUGACAAAAGAGAUCCUGAGUGCCAAUGCCACAUUCCAGCUUCCCCCCUGCAUGCCCCCAUCAGACCUGAAGUAUGAGGUGGAGUUCUGGAAGGAGGGAGCCAGAAGCAAGACCCUGUUUCCAGUCACUCCGCAUGGCCAGCCAGUGCAGAUCACCCUCCAGCCAGUCACCAGCCAGCGCCACUGCCUCAGUGCCAGGACCAUCUACACCUUCACCAACCUCAAAUACAGCAAGUUCUCCACGCCCACCUGCUUCUUCCUGAAGGCCCCAGGAGCCAACUGGGUGUUCCUGGUGCCACUACUUCUGCUACUACUGCUGUUAGUAAUGGCCACAGGGGGUUUGUUCUGGAAGCGCCUCACAGGUGACCCCUGGUUUCAGUGGACAAAGACGCCAUGGGCUUUGGACUUCUCUGGAUACAGACACCCCAUGGCAACCCUACAGCCCAGUGGACCUGAGUCUCCAGAUGACUUGUUCCUCCGUCCCCAAAAGGAACUGGCCAGAAGAGUGAGGCUGACCCCUAGAGUCAGAGCCCCUGCUACCCAGCAGGGGGGACCGGAAGGCAGUACAGAGGAGGAAGAGGAGGAUAAGGAGGACAUAGAGGAUGGAGUCAGUUUUCAGCCCUACCUUGAGCCUUUCCUGGGGCAAGAGCGCCAGGUUCUGGAGCACUCUCAGGUGGAUGAGGUGGACUCAGGGAGGCCCUGGACUCCUCUGGUCCAAGGUGAAGGCUCCUCUGCUUGGGAUUCUUCAGGCAGAAGCUGGGCCAGCACUGGGGACUUCUCCUCCUGGGAGGAGGCUGGGUCCUCUGGCUAUCUGGCCAAAAAGGGGCCAGUCCGGGGGCCAGGUGAGGAUGGGCACCAGGAACCCCUCCCACCACCUGAAUCCUCCAAGGACUCGGGUUUCCUGGAAGAGCUCCCGAAAGACGAUCUCUCCUCCUGGGCCACCUGGGGCUCCCCAUCACCAGGGCUGAGCCUGGUCCCUGAGGAGCCCCCAGUUUCUCUUCAGACACUGACCUUCUGCUGGGACAGCAGCCCGGAGGAGGAAGAGGAGGAGGAGGAAGAGGAAGAGGAUGAGAGGGAAUCAGAAACUGAAGAUGGUAGUGCUGGCAUGUGGGGGACUGCGAGCACCCAGAGGACCAAGGAGCGGGGUCGGAUACUGGGGCAUUACAUGGCCAGGUGA